GUGCAUAUUCGGUUUCGUUUCGAGGGUGAAUCACAGAGAAAACAAACAACAUCCACAAUCAUGUCUGGAAGAGGAAAGGGAGGAAAAGGGCUCGGAAAGGGAGGAGCGAAACGACACCGUAAGGUUCUGAGGGAUAACAUCCAGGGAAUCACCAAGCCUGCCAUUCGUCGUCUCGCGAGGCGUGGUGGCGUUAAGCGUAUCAGUGGUCUCAUUUACGAAGAAACCCGUGGUGUCCUCAAGAUCUUUCUUGAGAACGUGAUUCGCGACGCUGUUACCUACACUGAGCACGCUCGUCGCAAAACUGUUACUGCCAUGGACGUUGUCUAUGCCCUCAAGAGGCAGGGGAGGACUCUUUAUGGUUUCGGCGGUUAAAGAAUUGGGGAUCUUUGCAUUGCGAUGUGAAUUAGGGUUUCUUAUAGUAUCUAUUUCUAUGUUGAUAUUGUGCAAUGGUUCUUGAGCUUUAGCUUUAGAUUUCACAAUGGUUCUUGUUUGGUUAUUUGUAGUUGUGGCUCCGAAUUUUUAAUCAGUUAAUUCGAUUAACUUGACAGCCCGUGAAGUCCAUUG